AUGGCGACACAAAUGCGUGAGAAGCGUGUGGCCAAAGAACGGCAAAAGAUCGAUAAAUUCGGCCUCCCGCCUGGCAUCGAGCUCAUCGAAGGCGACAACCUGAAGCAAUGGCUGCUCGACAUCCGCGUCCUCGAUAACAACCCGCUCUACAAAGGCCAAACCUACCGCCUCAAAUUCCAGUUCCCCCAGUCGUAUCCGAUCGAGCCGCCGGAGGUUACUUUCGACGAAAAUCCGAACCGUCCAGUCCCGAUGCAUCCCCACAUAUAUUCCAACGGCAUCAUAUGCCUCGACCUGCUCGGCAGCCAGGGCUGGAGUCCCGUCCAGAGUGCCGAGAGCGUGUGCAUGAGCAUUCAGAGCAUGCUCACGAGCAACUCCAAGAACGAGCGCCCCCCCGGCGACGAGGAGUUUGUGCGCGGCAACAAGCUGCGGCCGCGGGACAUUGAGUUUCUCUACCACGACAGCUCGGUCUGA